AGAGCCGACGUUUGAUGACUUGAACAAAACACAGUGACCGGAUUCAAGAUCUUAUUUGAAUUUCACCUGUAAAUUUAUUUAAAACAAACACCAUGAGCUGUCCAGGAUUUGGAGAAUUAAACAUUCCUUCGUCACGCGCCUUUUGGGACGACUGUGACGAAGAUGAAUUUGAGAACAUUACGCCGGCUGAGAAAUUGGAGUUAAAUUUCGAGGCCGAAUGGGCUGGCAGUAAAGCAGCUUUUGAAAGCGAUCUUCUGGUAGUCAUCGAAGGCUCUCAAAUCUCUCACUUUGGCACCUCAGUGCUGGCUAAGGAUUCUAAACGUGUGUGCAGCAUUCCCGCCAAGACAUCCUCUUUACACUGGAAUCCUGUAAACAAACAACUUUUGGCCAUCCUAGAGGAUGACCUUACCCAGAGCGGAGAAGUUACAGAGCUACUGCUUCCCUUUGCAAAGGUGGCCAAGAAAGUGGUCACCCUGACGCUUAAACCAAAGGUCGAGUUCAAAAGCGAGGAGAUACAGUUGUACAGCGAUGACAUUGCCAUCGUGAGAGGUGUGGGUGCCAAUGAGAAGGGCAUAACUGAACUAGAAGCUCCAAAUUUCAUAGCCGGUGUGGCAGCUGGAGUUGCCAGUUGGAGGGAUCAGCAGGAUCUGCCGAUCAGCUCCUUUGUUAUUUACACUGACAAGAUCCCCUUGGACUCGACUGCUGCACAGCCUGUUCUUAAGCUUCUGCAGAGCGUUGGUGUGGCCUGCACAUCCAGUUACAUCCCGCCCCGAAAGGAGAACUCUUAUCUGUACAUGUAGACAACUGGUUUGGCUGUGUUUCCAUAUAACUUUAAUUCAUUUAAAAAUGGUGCGGUUAUGGAAUAAAAAUAUAUUUCAAUAUAAUUA